UGCCGUAGCAUACAGGACAGCUACCAGUCAAGCUCUAAACUUGGACCAUAACGGACGGACAAGACAAAGUACAACAUAGUACGGGAACCGCUGCCGUAGCGUACAGGACAACUAUCACUCAAGCUGUAGCAAAUGACGUCUACCAUCGCUUCAACGUCCCCCUUGCCGUCCUCCAUUUCAAUGCAGACCUGCACGACAUUGCCACAGAGAGGAAUACUGCGGACAUUCCCGAAUAUAACAUGGAGUACAAAGCGAAGUGGAGGCAGCAGCGGGAGUGGCGCAUGCUUAGCGACCGAUCGGUGUGCCGAAUCUCAGACAUGUGGUGCUUCUCUGCAUCUGUUUCAUCCGUACGAUUUGUCCCCUGAGUCGAAGUUACUGUUCACUCGUCGCCUCCACCUUCAUCGCCAUCCGCGCGCGUGCUCCCUCACCUCAUCUGCAACAAGAAGGAACACGAGUGUUAGUGUCCAGCUGUCAUCUCGACAUUCGUCGCGGUUUUCCCGUGUAUUACUCUGCGGCCAUUCCUGGACCUCAUUUUCUGAGGCCCAGCCCCGUCCAUCAUUUUCCAAGGCGAACGGCCGUCCGAUGGCUUCCGAUGAUCUUCGGAGAGAUGGGGAGUGCGGAACGAGGGCGCAAUUGGCGGCACCUGGAGGCGAAGUAGUAUACUGCCGCUCGGCACGAGAAGGGUCCAAUGUGGGGACCACCACUACAUCCGACGCGGUCGAGAGUUCAAAGCCGUUGUCUGACACGGAAUUGUUCGAAUUCGCCUCCGUCGCCAAUCGCCUUGCGGACGAGGCCGGGGAAAUUAUUUCGAAAUUUUUCAGAUCUCGUCUUAUGAUCGAGAACAAGCUCGAUAUGAGCCCUGUUACUGUCGCUGAUCGGAUGGCAGAAGAAGCAAUGCGAAAAAUUCUAUCGUCCACUUACCCAACUCAUGCAAUAUUUGGUGAAGAACAUGGCCUGAGCAUGGUUUCUGGGGAUGCCAAGUUUGUCUGGGUGCUAGAUCCAAUUGAUGGGACAAAAAGCUUCAUUACCGGAAAGCCGCUUUUUGGAACACUAAUCAGCCUGCUUCACAACGGCAUUCCGGUAAGUCUUUGCAACAUCACUGGGCUAUAUUAUUACGGACUCCUGUAUGCAACAUCACCGCAUAUGUUCUCGGGGGAGACUGAGAAAGCUUUCGUCCGGAUCCGGGAUGAGGUACGAACACCCCUAUAUGGUUGUGAUUGCUACGCAUAUGGAUUGCUGGCAGCUGGCUUUGUGGAUUUGGUUGUGGAGGCGGACAUGAAGCCAUAUGACUACAUGGCCCUUGUGCCUGUGGUAAAAGGUGCUGGUGGCGUCAUAACGGAUUGGGAAGGAAACGAGUUUCAGUGGUCUGCAAACAGGCUCCCUGCUUCUGAAGCUCCUGGGGAAGUGCUUGCAGCAGGCAGUCCAACCAUUCAUGCACAAGCUCUGGAAGUGUUAGCUUGGAGAAGCAGCCCAAGUAUGCCAUCCAACAUUUCCGGCUUCGGAAGUCAAGAUAGUUGUUGAUAAGCCUGGAGGAGAUUGUUUGCGUGAGGCCUGUGUACAUGUCAUUUUGAUGUUCCCUUUAUCCCCUCCAAUGCCCCUUCCUCUCUGCUGCGGCAUCCGCACCCACUCCCUCAUCCUACCAUUCUGUUGUACACCCUCACCCAUGUUUCCCUCCAUUUGGUUGGGUACUUGCAGCAAUGUGAUUCGGUAGAGAUGUUUGGAUCAGUGCUGAAAGGAUUGCAACCUGUGAGCUGUGACCUAGAAGCUUGUUGCUCUUUUUUUUUUUUUUUUUUGGCCGUCUAAGGUAAGAGUUCUUUUGACAACUACCCAUUUCAGGUGAGAAAGUGACUUUGAAGUUUGUGUGCAUCUUUUUCCGCACCUAAUUUAAAAAAAUAUCAGUGGGUGGGUCCACAAGCACCGGAAAGUAGCUGUUGAGUUUAAUAGAAGUUGUGUGUGACCAUGACCAUUCUAUCUAUCUUUUGAGGCUACAUGCUUCCUUUCUUGUUGCUGGUAGAGACAUGUCUGUGCGUCAUUCUGGUCUUGCGACUACAACACAGCUUUGGCGGCGCAGCUCAUGGGUAUGGACAUGGAUUUAGGUGAGCACGCCAAACGGCCUGGCUACAAGCGGAUAGGAAUCAAAAGGAUAGGUUUCUUUCUGUGCCGUGCUGCUAACGUUGCAUGAACCUGUCCAGGAUAAUGGGCUAGUGUUAGGCGUGUGCCAGGAACAUUUUCGAGUGGCUUGGCCCAAUAAUAGCAAUAGACAGUAAGAUAGAUACAGAGAGGUCAGGCUGAAAGCGGAGGAUCGGAACGGAGUAGCUCUCGCAAUUGUCAAUAUGUACGUAACGUUCCCCUUCCCCGGAAGUCAAACAGGGGAGAAACGCCAUGGUCAUAGGACUGCGCUACUUAACUUGGGAAGGAGACCUGUGCCUGGAAACCAUCAACGCUAACGAAACAGGCAUGGGCAGUCUUUUUUCUUGGUGGCAUCAUUUUCCUACUGCUUUCCAUGCUAUCCCUGCUUGGGAUGAUGAUGUAGUCUGAACUUUGUGGCGACUUCAUAAUGUGUGCCUCCCUCUAUUCUUCUCCAUCCUUCACAUAGGUGAUCGUGAUCGCCUGUCGGGUCUCCGAGGAGUCUCACGGAUAUGGAAAGAUGUGAAGCUACAGCGCAGUUGGCCCUGAGAGCUUGCAUGAGCUGCCUACGUGGCAGCAGAGGGUUUCGCCAGACGAGACAAUAUGGUGAGUUUGGAAGGAGGUGGAGGGGUUUAAAGUUUUAACUGUUGACCGUCACCGCAGCGAACACCAAAGCUAACCCACCCGACAACGUCGCAAAGAUAUAGAAACAUCGUAAAUGCCAAAUGGUGAAUUUACUUGAGUGAGUUUCUAACUUGCAGAGUAAAUGUUUAACAGAAGU